UCAAGUGGCCUAUAAAAACAUCCGUCCAGUCACAAAGAGGGAGAGGGAUCAUUUUGGUCAACUCUCUUCUCUCUCUCAUUCCCCGAUGGAAAAUCCUCUCGAUUUUCUUCUCAUUCAGCCCAUCUACUUACCUUUGCUCUCCUUUUUCUUGAAUAUGGUGCUUUUGCUAAUUCUUUUUGUUUCAUGGGUAUACAACAAGAAGGUAGCUUGUGAGAACAGUGAUGACUUCAUGGCUAAAAGGUCUACAAACAUGUCUUCAACGUUUAGUAAGCUGGUUGUUAUGUGCUGUGUGUCGUUAUCUGUGUUUUAUUCUGUGCUUUCGCUGCUGAGUUGCGUUCGCUGGCAUUCAAAUGUGUGGACUCUCUUUGAUCUUCUGUUGGCUGCGCUUACUUGGGGUACCAUCUCCAUGUACCUUCGUGGACUAUACAUUGAUUCUCAUGAGCAGAAGUUACCAUAUUUGCUUAGAGUCUGGUGGGUUUUCUAUUUCUUGAUUUCUUGCUACCGUCUUGUGGUAGACUUCGCUCUAUACAAGAAGCAAGAACUGGUCUCAGUUCACAAUGUAGUGUCUGACUUAGUGGGCGUUUGCGCUGGCUUGCUUCUCUGUUGUUCGUGCUUGUGGAAGAAAGGAGAAGAAGGUGAGACGACCACCCUUCUCGAAGAACCAUUCUUGAGUGAGAAUGAAGGCUGUGAUGAUGAGGUAACUACACAUUUCUCAAAAGCUGGUUUUCUAAGCCUCGUGAGUUUCUCUUGGAUGAGUCCUUUGGUUACCUUAGGAAACGAGAAAAUCAUAGACAGCAACGACGUUCCUCAAGUUGACAGCAGUGACAGAGCUGAGAACCUGUUUCGAGUUUUUCGGAGUCAGCUUGAAUGGGACGAUGGUGUGAGAAGGAUCACCACGUUUAAGCUUGUCAAAGCACUCUUCCUCUCAGUAUGGCGAGACAUUCUCUUGUCAUUCCUCUUUGCUUUUGUCUCCACGAUGUCUUGCUACGUUGCGCCGUAUCUCAUGGACAGUUUUGUUCAGUACCUGAACGGUCAAAGGCAAUAUAAACACCAAGGGUACGUUUUAGUGACGGUUUUCUUCGUCGCCAAGCUUGUGGAAUGCCAAACCCGGAGGCAUUGGUACUUCAGGGGAGGCAAAGCUGGACUUGGGAUGAAAGCGGUUCUAGUUUCAAUGAUCUACGAGAAGGGCUUGACCCUUCCAUGUCAUUCAAAGCAAGGACAAGGACAAACUAGUGGCGAGAUUAUAAACCUCAUGGCGGUAGAUGCUGACAGGCUAGAUGCUUUCACUUGGUUUAUGCAUGAUCCGUGGAUACUUGUUCUACAAGUUAGUUUGGCCUUAUGGAUCUUGUACAAUAGCCUCGGACUCGGAUCAGUUGCAGCUUUUCCCGCCUUUAUUUUAGUUAUGCUUGCGAACUAUCCCUUUGCGAAGCUGGAAGACAAGUUCCAGAGCAAUCUGAUGAAGUCCAAAGACAACAGGAUGAAGAAAACAUCGGAGGUGUUGCUGAACAUGAGGAUUCUCAAGCUUCAGGGGUGGGAGAUGAAGUUUCUUUCCAAGAUUCUUGACCUUAGACAGGUCGAAGCAGGCUGGCUUAAGAAGUUUGUGUAUAACUCAGCCGCUAUGAGCUCUGUUCUGUUGACCGCGCCUUCUUUCAUAUCCGCAACAGCUUUUGGCGCUUGUGUGUUGCUCAAGAUUCCUCUUGAGUCAGGGAAGAUACUGGCGGCCCUUGCGAUUUUCCAGAUUCUGCAGAGUCCAAUCUACAAACUUCCUGAGACUAUCUCGAUGUUUGUUCAGGUUAAGGUGUCUCUCGGCAGGAUUGCAUCUUUUCUCUGUCUGGAUGAUUUGGAGAAAGAUGUUGUGGAGAGACUUACUUAUUCAGAGAUGGCUCUUGAAGUUAGCAAUGGUUGUUUCUCUUGGGAUAACUCUUCCUCAAUCCCAACACUCAGAGAGGUGAGUUUUGAAGUGUCUCAUGGGAUGAAUGUAGCUGUUUGUGGUACCGUUGGCUCGGGUAAGUCAAGCUUACUCUCAUCCAUACUAGGUGAAGUCCCCAAGAUAUCUGGAACUGUUAAGGUUUUUGGAAGCAAGGCGUACGUUGCGCAAUCUCCUUGGAUCCAAAGCGGCAAGGUGGAGGAUAAUAUUCUGUUUGGUAAGCCAAUGGAAAGAGAAUGGUACCAGAGUGUGCUUGAAGCAUGUUGUUUGAACAAGGACUUGGAGUUGCUUCCGUUCCAUGACCAGACGGUUAUUGGGGAAAGGGGUAUCAAUCUAAGCGGUGGACAGAAGCAGCGUAUACAAAUCGCUCGUGCUCUCUACCAAGACGCAGAUAUUUAUCUUUUCGAUGAUCCUUUUAGUGCGGUAGACGCUCAUACAGGAUCACAUCUCUUCAAGGAAGUCAUUUUGGGGGUUCUGAAAGACAAGACAGUCAUAUACGUCACUCAUCAAGUUGAAUUCCUGCCUGAAGCUGAUCUUAUACUGGUUAUGAAAGAUGGAAAGAUCACGCAAGCAGGGAGAUACAAUGAGAUUCUCGAUUCAGGAACAGACUUCAUGGAGCUUGUGGGAGCUCACACUGACGCCUUAGCAACAGUUGAUACAUAUGAACAAGGCUGUGCUUCAUCAGAAUCAACCACAAACAAAGAAGAUAAAGAAGCACCCAAGCUUGAGAAAGAUUCUGGUAAUAAGCCAAGAGGACAACUAGUCCAACAAGAGGAAAGGGAGAAGGGGAAAGUUGGGUUCACUGUGUACAAAAAAUACAUGGCGCUAGCAUACGGAGGAGCAGUGAUUCCUAUUAUACUGCUAGUACAGAUUCUCUUCCAGGUUCUAGACAUUGGGAGCAACUACUGGAUGACAUGGGUGACUCCUGUUUCCAAGGAUGUUGAACCUCCGGUGAGCGGGUUCACGUUGAUUCUAGUGUAUGUCGUUCUAGCCAUCGCGAGCUCCUUGUGCAUACUCGUCAGAACGUUGUUGGUAUCGAUGACUGGUUUCAAGAUGGCUACUGAACUCUUCACACAAAUGCAUCUCCGCGUUUUUCGUGCUUCCAUGUCGUUCUUUGAUGUCACGCCAAUGGGAAGAAUCUUGAAUAGAGCAUCUACGGACCAAAGUGUAGUGGACUUGAGAUUACCGGGUCAAUUUGCAUAUGCUGCUGUUGCUGCGAUUAACAUAUUGGGGAUAAUGGGAGUGAUGAUACAGGUGGCUUGGCUGGUCCUUAUCAUCUUCAUCCCUGUCGUCGCUGCAAGUUCCUGGUACCGGCAAUAUUACAUAUCUGCGGCUAGGGAACUCGCGAGACUAGCUGGAAUAAGCAGAUCGCCUUUGGUACAUCAUUUUUCAGAAACACUCUCAGGGGUAACAACUAUCAGAAGCUUUGAUCAAGAACCGAGAUUCCUUAGUGACAUUAUGAAACUCAGCGAUUGUCUUUCUCGGCUGACGUUUCAUUCAACUGGUGCAACGGAAUGGCUCUGCUUCCGCCUUGAACUCUUAUCCACUAUCACAUUUGCGCUAUCACUUGUUAUCGUAGUUUCUACGCCUGAAGGGACAGUUAAUCCAAGCUUUGCAGGAUUGGCUAUUACAUAUGCACUCAAUCUAAACAGCCUGCAAUCAAACUUGGUAUGGACGCUUUGUGAGCUCGAGAACAAAAUGAUAUCCGUGGAGAGGAUGCUUCAGUACAUAGACAUCCCCAGUGAACCGUCUCUUGUGAUUGAAUCAACUCGGCCUGAGAAGUCAUGGCCUUCUCGCGGAGAGAUUACCAUUAGUAAUCUCCAGGUGCGGUAUGGGCCGCAUUUGCCUAUGGUGCUUCAUGGACUGACGUGUACUUUCCCUGGAGGCUUGAAGACAGGAAUCGUUGGAAGAACAGGAUGUGGCAAGUCCACUCUGAUUCAAACCCUUUUCAGGAUUGUGGAGCCAACGGCCGGAGAGAUCAGAAUCGAUGGGAUAGAUAUCUUGACCAUUGGGUUGCAUGACUUGCGUUCUAGGCUAAGUAUCAUACCUCAAGAUCCGACCAUGUUUGAAGGCACGGUUCGUAGCAACUUGGACCCUCUCGAGGAAUACAGUGAUGACCAAAUCUGGGAGGCGCUCGACAAGUGUCAGCUCGGGGAUGAAGUGAGGAAGAAAGAGCUGAAACUAGAUUCAUCUGUUAGUGAGAAUGGACAGAACUGGAGUGUUGGUCAGAGACAGCUGGUGUGCUUGGGAAGAGUCUUGCUCAAGAGAAGCAAAGUGUUGGUUCUUGAUGAAGCCACUGCUUCUGUAGAUACUGCGACUGUUAAUCUGAUCCAGGAGACUCUGAGGCAGCACUUUAGGGAUUGUACGGUGAUAACAAUAGCGCACAGGAUAUCUUCUGUUAUAGGCAGCGAUAUGGUCUUGCUCCUAGACCAAGGGCUUAUCAAGGAACAUGAUUCACCGGGGAGAUUGCUUGAAGACAAGUCUUCUUCUUUCUCAAAGCUUGUGGCAGAGUACACAACGAGUUCGGAAUCCAAAUUCAGCAGAAGCUGUUAAUUAGAAUCGAAAGAUUCUAUAAUAAUGGGACAAUUGUUAAAGCUAAACAAGUUUAUAUCCAAACAUGUACUGAAAAUUUUAAACCAAUGUUGGACUUUCGCAUGGCUAUGAAGAUAUCCACAUGGCUCUAUCUUGAGCCGGUAACAUGA